AUGGCUGGUCGAGACGAUCAGCAUUAUCAUCAGAAAAUUCAUUAUGCUUCAAUUUUACCGACAGCUUCUAAUUCUCACACUCACAAAGAAUCACAUCUACUGACUCACAAACCUACAACGCAGCAAGACAGAUCCAAAGCACUUUAUCUCGAUUUUGAAAGUGCAUUUCAAGAUGACACAACAAAUCAAGAUUAUUUUGGUUUGCAAUUUCCUGAACAUUCUCAUCAAAAUACUCAUCAGUUAGCUAAUUUUCAUCUUCAAUCAGUUGAAACAAUUUCUGAAGUUAAAAAUUCAAAUUUUUCACCUUACGUUCGUUAUCAUGCCUCACGUGAAACUAGUCAUUCGUCAACACCAUCGGAUACACCGCCACCUUUUCCAUUACGACAUAAUCAACGUUCGAGUCCUUUUGGAGCGAUGCCAUCAUCUCAUUCUCAUCAUGUAACUUUUGCAAAUGACCAUAGAAAUCUUAAUCGAAAUUUUUCGAAUUUAAAAAUGAUUUCCUCAAACGAUAACAAAGAUAUACCAAUACCAUUUACUCCUGAUGCUAUUCUACUUAAAACAAAACAACAGCCACAACAACAACAACAACAACUACUACAAGAAACCACUGCUAAUUCCUCUUCACAAUCAAAAUUAAUAUUACCGCAAUAUUUUUUUGUCAAAUAUUUAGGUCGAGUACAGUGUGCUCAACUGUGGGGUGCUAAAGCAGUGCGUGCUCCUAUCGAUGAUAUGGUGCGAAGUGCUCGACAAUUUUCAUCUAUGAGUGAAAUUCCUACAUUAGAAGCGUGUGUUAAUACACGUGGCCUUACAUUAACCCAUCAAAAUUUGGCAACACAAAAUAAACAAAAUCAUUCGCGUAAUCCUAGUCCCGAAAGACACCAGCACGGUCUUAUUCCUCUUGAAAAUAUAUCUUAUGCUAUGCACGAUAUCAAAUAUUCUAAAAUAGCAUCUUGUAUUGUACUACGUCAAGCGAAAUCAUCAUCUCCUAUUCAAAAGAAUACAACCGAAACAUUGACUGAAUGUUAUACUUUCUUAUUUCAAUCAAAAGAACAUGCACAUAGAUUUGCUCUUGCUCUUGCAGAAGCAUUCAAUACACAAAAACAACCAGUAAGAACUUCAAGGCAAAAUAAUGACGAACAAAAAGAUGGACGUUCGCCUCAACGUCAUUCACGACAUCGCAGUGCUCAUCGUCAUGAUAGAAUACGCACUGCUGGCAAAUAUGAUCGUCAAUAUUUAGGAGAUACAGAAGUGUGA